GUCGCUGCGCAGCCGCACCCGAUCCACUACCUGAUCCGCGAGGCCGAGGCGUCGUGGAAGGGCAAGGUCGCUCGCCAGAGCCGCACGCUCGCCGAGGCCGUCGCCGAGUACAAGCGGCGGUACCGACAGCCUCCUCCUCGAGGGUUCGACGCGUGGUUCGCGUUCGCGCAGGAGAACGGCGUCCAGCUCCUCGACGAGUACGACUCGAUCCACUCGCGGCUGCGGCCGUUCGCGGCGAUCCGGCCCGAGGUCCUGCGCGAGCGCGACACCGUCCUGCAG